AUGCGUCUCUCAGUAGCAGCCGUCGCUGCAAGCUGCGCCACGGCGCAUGCAUUCGUCAACACAUCUCCUUUCAUCCUGUUCUCUACCUCCAAGUAUGUUGAUCUACCUGCCUCUGUCCACCCGCGCGAGACACCAUAUCCACUGCUUCCCAUGCCCAGCCCAGUGCCAGCGAUGAGGGGGAGGAUAACGACUUCCCUGUCGGACGAGCUACACAGCAGCAAGACGGUCCAGGCCGACCUCGACUCCAUCAUCUCCUCCUGUCCCACGGAGCGUUACCUGCUGGUCUCGCAACCCAACCUGAACGUCGCCAACCUCGCCUUCAGCACCGCCGCACCCAAGCUGCAGGCCGCGCUGGCCGCCCCCGAGGUCCAGGGCCGUCUCACCAUCUCCGAGGUCGCCGGGUCGCCCAUCGACCUGCACACCUUGAGCCCGCGCAUCCGCGCCGCCUGCACCGCCGCCGGCAAGCCCACCGUCUCGGUCGAGACGCUGGACCUCGAGGCGCUGCCGGCCAGCGGCGGCCCGUUCCAGCACAUCGUCGACGUGCUGCGGGCCAGCGACGAGGACCUCGGCCUGGUCCUGCACCAGUACGCGGCUGCGGGCGACUUCACCGUGCUCUACACCGCGGGCAGCAGGACGGCGACCGGGGGCCACAUCGAGGGCAAGCCCUACGAGGCCGAGUUUCGGGACACGACGCACCAGGAGCUCAAGAGGCAGCUCAGCAGCAUUGCCCGCCGGGCCAACGAGACGGAUAACCGGCCGCUGUUUGAGAAGUACCAGUUCUUCACGCCUGGUAUUUUCAUGGUGCUGGUUUCUCUGCUUAUCCUCUUCUCGAUCCUCAGCGUCGGGAUCAGCGCUCUCGGCAGCCUGGAGGUUCCGUACGGCGCCUUCGACAAGGAAAACGGGCCUGCGGCCCAGAAGAAGCAGCAAUAG